AUGUUUUCGGCCCUUCAAAGAUUUCAAGGAAUAUCCAGCAAUGUCAUAACGGCUGCCAUUUGGAUAUCAUUAUUUGUUGCACUAUCCUCAUAUGCCCAGUUGUACUUGAAUGAGUUCAGGUCACUUCCCGCUGUUAUAGAUCACGUCAAAGCAGUCACGACUCUCAAAUACAGCAGAGGUUUCGGCUCGAGAAACAGAGAGCCCAAAGAGAAUUCAAGAAUAGCAUUUGAUCUUACCGCCGACAUCAGCGAUUUAUUCAACUGGAACACCAAGCAGGUCUUUGUGUAUCUGACUGCUGAGUAUGAGGGACAACCCUCUAUUCCUGCCAACAAAGUCACAUUCUGGAAUAAAAUCAUCACGAAAAAAGAAGACGCGGUUUUGAAUCUACAGAAAGAGCGUUCGUCGUUUUCUGUGUGGGAUGUGGAAGACUCCUUUCGUCAGAGAAAUGCAUCUCUGAAGCUGGAAUGGAAUAUCCAACCUCACGUUGGGUUACUGCUAUGGGGAGAGAACAAAGGAAGCUAUGAGUUGACCUUUCCUGAGGUGAAAGGCUCAUCGAGUGCAUCUACAUAG